AUGCCGGCCGUACUCUAUGGAGCGGAAACAUGGUCGUUACGAAAAUCGGAUAUUAGAAAUUUGUGCGUAGCCCAAAGGGAGAUGGAAAGGAGGAUGCUUGGGUUACGUAUGCUGGACCGAUGGAGCUGUGAUAGAAUAAGAGCACCCACGAAAGUCAGUGACUGGACGAACGAGGCUUCGAGCAGAAAACUCAUGUGGGUCGGAGAGGUACGUGAAAUGGACGAGUGUAUGGGCUCGCGUGAAUACGACAAGGAUUCCAUAUGA